AUGAAGGGAAAGUAUAACAAUUACUUCCGGCCACCAGAACUUUCUUCGAUCAUUCGUGAUAACAAUACUCUCCAACUGGAGGAUCAACAACUUGACGAGGCGCUGGAAAAAAGCCGCAAAUACUGGUACCAGGUUGCAACUUUAGCCUACGAGAUUCGGGUUUCUGGCUUGAUUCAAGAGUUUGUAAAUCCUCGUCACGCUCUUCAUAGGAUUCCGAAACUCCAACCCCGCUCUGGAAGAUUCCAUGUUCGCCCUUUCGGAAACUCUCCAACGCCUAGCCUUUGCUUAGAAGGUUCUUGUACUUGGAGACUGCCAGCAGAUCAGGACUGCGAUAGUCUCGAGAAAGAAAUUUCACAUCUCGCUUUGCUACAAGUUGGCAACGAUACUGCUACGCCUUUCAGCUUCACUGCGAAUGCCUUCAGUUCGUGGAAUGGAAUCGGAGAAGAAAAUUACACUGGGGCCAAUUAUCUGGGGAUUCUUGCAAUUGGCUGGUGUUACGUCUUAUCUGCACAGCUGGUUGAAAUGCAAGGAGAGAAGGCUUCUAUGCGGUACACUGAUUAUAAGGCCGGAUACAACAAUAAAGAUUCCUCGGAAGUUCACGUCGUCGAUGUUGGAGAGGUGGAUGAGAGUGUUGCUCGAUGGUGGUCCGCAAUACUUGCUCAAAAUGAAGGGUGGAAAGCUACAGUGAGACGAACCCCCAGAAGGGAAUUUCUGGCCCCGUGGUCAGUUUCCCGCACGUGUGAAAUGCGUCUCUCCGUUAAAUACGGGGGGUUCUCUUCAUCUGAUCUGACCCCAUUAUCCUCAGAGAGGGCGUUUGAGGCUCUUGUUGGAUUUGCGUGUUUGCAUGGACUGCACAGCCAAUUUCGCAUUGCACUUACGAUGGCCUUAACAAUCCCCACGCAUAAGUAUUAUGGUUCAUCUGCCAAUCUACCACUGCCAAGAGCAACUGGUGCUAAAAAACCCAAUACCCCUAUUGAUGUCAUACCACCCGUCUGGAUGAGCUUAAAGGAAGACCUCCCUUACUACAUGACGCUGAGUUGCAGCCCUGAAGUGAUGAUGUCAACUUUCUGCGGGGCGUUUUGGGAGCAUGAUAUUCCUUGCAACCUUGUCAGUCCCUGGCUACAUCCUGUCCUCAACGAGGUUUUAGGUGGAGCUUCUACGCCAACAGGGAGUGAUCCAGGACUCCUUGCCUUUAUUGGUGCAAUCCGCCAGCCGAAUUUCAGUGCAUUCUGGAUUGGAGCUGUCGCAAGCGGUUUAGGCCCAGAAAUACUCCACAGGGUAAGAGGAGGCCGGCCUCCUCUCGAUCCGCUCGCCUUUCCCUGGACUGGAUGUCCGCAAAGCUUCAUGGAUCUUCCAGGCUCAGGUCCAUACUCUUGCGACAACCCCAAAUAUAUCUUGAGAGCAGAUGUUUGGCGAUUAAUGCACCUCCCUUCAACUGAGGAAGAUAAUCUGUGUUACCAGUACAGACCCAACACACCUUGGUCACCUUGUGGGGCGUCUCUCAUAAAAGAUUGUGCUCUCCGUGUCAUGGCACACUUGAAGUGCCCUCGACAUGAAUACAAAUAUGAUCAUUGGGAGUGGCACCUGGAAGAUGGGACUAGGAUCCAGGACCGCGGCUUUUCGGAACAAGCGACACUAGCCAUGCCUGAAAAAUUUUCGGACAUUUUCGACAUCACGGCACAGAGGGAUUUUGAGAAGACAAGUUUUGACCAGAUAGCAUCACGGGAAGCGUCUUUGGAUAUAUUUCGAUGGUUGUCUGUCGGUGGCGAGGGCCUACCCCGCGAGAGCAUUUAUCAAGACGACUGGCUUAGGGAAAUAUGGGAAGAAGACGAAAGUGAUAUAAAUACUGAAGAGACGGAUGGCCGAGACUUGCAAAGACCGAUCCACAACCCCGCGGAUCUGCUUGAAUCCUGGCUCAAUACUGUCGGUUGA